AUGACUACCACUGUUCCCAAGGUGUUUGCAUUCCAUGAGUUUGCAGGAGUAGCAGAAGCUGUGGCAGAUCACGUGGUCUCGGCCCAGAAUAGUGCAUUGAGUAAAGGUUUGAAGGAUAAGAAGGGUUCUAGUACUAGUCUGAAUGGAUCUAGUGGUCAUGAUGACAAGAUCUCAGUAGGGCGUCCUUCCUCCGGGCGCAGUCUGUCGAAUACGGCUUCUCGAGACUCUUCCACGUCGUCCAAGAAAUUGAAGAAAGAUAAAGAGCAGAGGUUCAAGAUUGCAUUAUCAGGAGGUUCAUUAAUCCAGGUAUUGCAUGAGGGAUUGUUAAAGAGAACGGAUGUUCAAUGGGAGAAGUGGGAUGUUUAUUUUGCGGAUGAGCGUUUGGUGCCCUUUGACUCACCAGAGAGUAACUAUGGUCUUGCUAAGAGGAAAAUUUUUGACCAAAUUGACACAGAAAAAUAUGGAACUCCAAAUGUUUAUCACAUCGACGAGAGGCUUAUUAAUGAUCCGCAAGAAUGUGCAGAGGAUUAUGAAAAAAUACUGAUUAAGGGAUUUGCAGGCAGAGACUCGGUUAAACUACCGAUGUUUGACUUAUUUCUUCUUGGUUGUGCACCAGAUGGCCAUAUAGCUUCUCUGUUCCCCAAUUUCCAGGAGAAUUUACGUGAGAAGUUGGCCUGGGUGGUGAGCGUGGAAAACGCACCAAGUGGUCCCGCUAAUAGAAUAUCUUUGACUAUCCCGGUCAUCUGUCAUUCCCACAGAGUAACAUUUGUGGUGGAAGGUGCCACUAAGGCACCGGUUAUCAAGACGAUUAUGGAAAGACCAGAGAAGGGAUUACCUAGUAGUAUAGUGAACGAAGGUGCAGCGGGUCGUGUAGCUUGGUUCGUUGACGAUGAAGCUUUGACAGACGUCUUUGUCACAAAGAAGAAAUACAAAUUUUGUUGUGAUACCGACGAAUAA